AUGGCAACCAUGGCCCGGUCUACGCCCCGCUGUCGUAUUAAAGGGCAACUCCAGUCGCCGCUCCUUAGGCUCCCCGGUGAGAUUCGGACCAAGAUCUAUCGCUACGCUUUAGUCAGAGAUGAACCCCUUGACUUAUGGCCUCACAAGUGGACAACGCUCGAUGAAGAGGAAGAGCCAUCAGUUGGAGGUCUCAAGACGCGUCAUCAAGAGAGUUUGGAGUACGUUCGCAAAGAGAUGGCCACGGGUCUUCUGGGCACAUGCCGUCAAGUCUACAACGAAGCAGCCACAUUCUUUUGGAGCGACAAUCACUUCAAGUUCUCGGGCAGAAGUGGCUGGCAGGGCAUGCUCCGCUUCUAUUUGACCAUCGGCCCUCAAGCUCGAGCACGGAUACAACGCGUCAGCGUUCAUGCACCUAUCUACAUGCGUUGGCCUGUCAAGGAUGCCGACAACAAAGAUCUCAACGGCAGAUCCAAGAAUUUCCCACACAUGCACAUGGUCAAGGUCGACUCAGAGGGACACCUAGACAGAAUUGCUAUCCAGAGAGUCUGUGCUCUCCUGACGCAAGACAGAGCCUUGAAAGAAAUCAACUUCGUCAUCCCGGAUGGCUUCCGCAAUGGCGAUGAAGGGGACUUUGGCGGGUACGAUGAAGACCACGAUAUGGAGCCUGAUUCACCUCUUCGACUGCAGAAGAUAGGGGCUUUGGACUGGAUCAAGAAGACCGUGGUGGUCGAAGAGGGUGGGUAUCUGGCGACCGACGAGGGACCUCGACAGAUUAUGGACCAGGGUUGGGAUUUAGUCUGCUUGCCAGGUAGCUUCAUUUGGGAGGAAGGGAUCACGGACAAGGGGGGAAACACAGACUAUGUGAAGCAUGAAGUCACUGAGACUCGGAGUUGGAGCUCCCCUUACCGGGGAAUAGACCAUCUCAUUGGCAUCAAGGAGUUGUUCGAAGAUGUACAAAUCUCGGUACACGCAAAUGGAGGCAAGCACAAAGGGCCCGUCGUCAAGACGGAGAGAUUUCUAAAAGGAUUUGGGGGAUGCAGGUUCAUUGGAUCCGAAGGUGUUCUUCUACGGGUCACUGGGGCGUGA